GUUGUCCCUGCAGGGCGAUGACUUCACGCGGCAGAUCUGGCACAUGUACGCCACCUUCGAGGAGUUCAUAGACCACCAGCAGACAUCGGGGGAGGGCAGCCCCGCCUCCCGGCCCUCUUCGGGGGCCAACUCCGGCACAGAGGCCCCGCCGCCCCCCGCGCCCAACGGGGGCCUGGGUGCCACCAGCCCCCGGGAUGUGUUGAGUAGUCUGGGCACCUCCACCACCACCUCCGCCCACCACUCCAGCGCCGCCUCUACCCGCGUCACCAUGGCCGAGGUGGCGCUGCCCCAGGGCAUGAUGCCCUCCCAUCACGCCUCACGCCAACACUCACCCCCCGUGGCGCGCGACGAUCUGGCACUGGCGUCGCCCCGCCGCCGACGGCGACCUCGGCGACUUCGUCGUUCAGUGGACAACCCUUUGUUGGACACCAUCAGUGCCAUCGGUGAUGCGGACAGUGACGAAGCGGACCUACUGCCGCCGGCGCCGCCACCAUCAGCAUCAUCGUGCUGGGGGCCGCGCCUCCACCCCGAGGCCGACGUGGUAGGCUACGCCGGUAGUAACAGCGUGGACAGCGGGUACAAGAGCGCCUGCCCCACCCCUGAACUGCCAGACCCCGCCGCCUACCUGGAACACCGUCUAGAGAAGCGCGGCUCCCUUGCCUCCCUCGCCUCCACGGGUUCCUCUUCUGGCAGCGGCAGCGCCUCCAAGCCGCGCAUAGCCAUGGGCACGCGCGUUAUGUCUCGUGUGCCCCGGUCACCCAGCUCCGGGGGAAGCGCCCCCUCCCCCGGUUUACCCCGGAGACCUGGCUCAGACGGUUCCUACUACGAGCUCGACCAGUUGGCGGGGCUAAGGGGUGGCUUACUAGGGUCGCCGCCCCCGCACACCGCCCCUGCGGAGGUCAGAAACCCUGGCUUCACACGGUACUCCCCCCGGGGGUCCCCCGCCCCCCAGCGUAACUCCUCUCCCGGAGGCGCCACCCCACGGGACACCCACGUGUCUCGCCGAGCUGCCUCACCCGCCUCCCCUGAGCGUCGUCCCCGCAGUGCCUCCACGGGGUCUCGCUGUUCCCCCGGCACUCGGGGGCGCCGCCCUCCAGGGGGACUACGUGCUGGGUCACCCCUGCUAGCGUCGACGGGGUCACUACCGAGGGCGUCAUCCCCUGGACGGCGGCCGAGGGCGCUCUCCCCCGCCACCCGGGAGGAGUCUCGACCGCCUACCUCCUGGUCCCGCCACUCUUCACCAGGGGUGGCGCCGCCGCCCCGCUCACUGCGCCGCCCACCGUCGCCUAUCGUGGGCGGCCACCACGAUACCGACCACGACCUGGCACUGUUGGAACGGGAGAUCGACGCCCUCUUGUACGGUGACCCCCUGGCGCCGCCCCCCGCCCCUGACUACUACGACCUCGACUCUGAGUUUGCUGCCUGCACCUGCCCCACCGCCUUCACCAGACCCGCGCCCCCAGGAUCCGUAAACAGGGAUGACAGUGGGUCUGACAGUCUGCUGCUCAGCCAGUGACGGGGCCGGGGGGAGCAGCGCGCCCCUGUGCCCCCCCGGCUGCGUCCCCCGGGUGCAGGCGCCGCAGUGCUCGGCGGGCGUGGCGCGGUGUGUGCUGGCCGUCCUCGACGACCUCCA